UGUCCGAGUAUGGUCUUAACCAAUCCACACCCUUAUCCUUUACUCCGUCAUAUUCUGUCAAGUACCUAGAGGGAAAAGAAAUAUUUGAUUUCUGGAAAAAUGAGUAUAAGACAAAUAGGAAAUGGUUGGCUGUUAUUGAUAGCAACAAAGUGUUCUGCCCUAUAGGAUUAUUGCAGGCCUAUGCUCUCAGUUACGUCACACUAGGAACUGACACGUGUCAUGGUUUAUCCAAUCAACUGAUAGAUAUGUCUAUAAAGGCUAGAACAGUGGCGUUUGCAUAUAAAACGUUUUUAUUAGAUUUAGAGAAAUACACAAAUGCUUCAACGGACUCGGUGGCUGUUAUGUUUGAUAAAUCUGGCCUUGAUCACAAGUACCAGCGUCAUCUUGAAUCGGCCAGUCUUUUGUUUCAGAUUGAUAUCCCUGUCAUAUCGUGUAACGUCUCAAACGAACUGAAAAACUUGACAGCUAAAACAGAGGUCAAGAUAGGAACAUGGCAACCAGAUACAGGAAUGUUUGCAAACGAACAACUGUUCUUCAAUAAUGAUUCCAUGGUAGUACUCAGGAUUGCUGUUGUAGUGGAGCCGCCGUUUGUAUUUCGGAACCAAAGUGGUACAGGCGUGACGUAUUAUGGUUACAGUAUCGACGUCAUGAACGAUAUAGCCGAAAGGAUUGGGUUUACUUUUACUGUACGUGAAUGUGACGAUGGUCUCUAUGGUAACCUAGAUAGUAACCAGUUGUGGAAUGGAUGCGUUGGUAAUAUUCUUAAAGGGGAUGCUGAUAUAAUAGUUGGAGCCAUGACAGUGACUGCUGACCGAGAAACAGUGGUCGACUACACUUUACCUUACUACGACUUCGCUGGUAUCCAGAUCAUGAUGAAGAAACAGACGCAACAAGUGAACACGUUUUAUUUCGCGGAUGUGUUCACGUCUCAAGCUUGGUUAUGUCUGGGUGGAGUUAUAGCCUUAACCAGCGUUCUGCUCAUGUUAUUUGAUAAAUAUUCCCCAGCACCAGGUUUCUGUAAGAAUCCUGAUUAUCAGGACCAACCUACCUUUAAUCUACAUGAGAGCAUCUGGUUUGUUAUUGGAUCCUUGACAAUGUCAGGUGGCGGGGAACCCCCUAAGAGUUUUUCUGCUCGGCUGUUGGUGGCUGGUUUCUGGUUUUUCUCGGUCAUCAUGAUGUCAACUUUUACAGCCAAUUUAGCUGCCUUUCUCACCGUCUCCAGAUUAGGUGUGUCCAUAUCCUCACUGGAUGCACUCUCAGCACAAUCGGAAGUGAAAUAUAGCGCCGUGGCACAUUCAUCAGUGAUGAACUACUUCGAAAGAAUGGCGGCCAUCGAGGAGAAUUUUUACACCUUGUGGAAGAACAUGAGUUUAGGACAGAAUAAUGAAGGGGGCGGUAAUAACAGUUUUGCUGUUUGGGAUUAUCCUUUGGGAGAUAAAUACGUAACAAUAUGGCGUGCUAUUCAAAGCACGGGUUUUGUCUCUGACACCCAGGCUGGUAUUGAUAAAGUGUCGUCGGAGAACUUUGCCUUGAUAUCCGAGUCACCCAUUAUAAAGUAUCUGACGUCACGAGAUUGCGAUCUGACGUCCAUAGGAGACCAAUUUAGUGUAAGACCCUAUGCCUUUGCCUUGAAAGAAAAUUCUGUUUAUACCAAGAAAAUAUCGGCAGCCAUUCUAGAUCUUCAGCAAGAUCGGCGAUUAGAAACGUAUAAACGUAAAUGGUGGGACGACGGGAAAGUUUCCUGCCCAGAAGACACCAGUGAUCAAGGCCUUGACCUUCAGUCUCUUACCGGAAGUUUCUUGGUUGUUGUCAUGGGGGUAUGUUCGGGCGUGUUAGUAUUGGUGGUGGAACUGUUGUGGACAAGAGUAAGGGCACACAAAAGAACGAAUAUUAUGGAGGUAAAACCGGUCCAAACACCAGUGGUGUCAUUCACUGAGAAGACAAAACCCGACACGAUAAAACCAAACAAAAUCUAAAAUAUUUAAUUGUUGAAAUAAUGUAGAGCAAGAUAUGGAUGUUGGAAAUUAGAUGUUCUGUAUUGUUUACAACUGUUCAUGAUAAUACAUGUUAGAUCCGUUAAUUAGUGAUCUAUCAAUUAGUGAUCGCUUAAUUAUACGUUUGAUCUAAGUACAGUUUUAA